GCGAAUUGGGGAGGCGAGCGCUAGCGAGUUAAUUACGAAACUCAUACGUGCAUGUGAAGCAUCGAGGUAGGAGAGUAGAGAGGAGAGCUUUGUGCCGCCGUAUCAGAUCGAUUGCUUGCUCAGCCUCGUCAUGACUUCCAUAAAACUGGCCUUACUCCUCGCUCCUUGGGUUCGUCAGAAUCAACAUUCCUUCACAUAUCUCAGGCUCAGCUAGUCUAUUUUGGUCCGUAUUCCUCCUCCUUACGAAACUCUCUUACAGUCUCUAUCAUGAAGAUGCACGCUUCCAUCCUCAUCGCAGCCCUCGCUGCCUCCGGCCACGCCGCCGCAUCCUGCCUCCACGGCACCCAAUUCUACAAACGCGAAGCCGAAUCCGCAACCGUCUCCACCGACGAAGCAAUCGAAAACGCCGUCCAACCCGAAGAAGAACGCAAAAUCCAAUUCUCCUACACCGGCGAGACCGGACCUCUGAACUGGCACAACCUCGCUGCGGCCAACAGCAAGUGCAAUACCGGUCUUAACCAGUCUCCCAUUAACCUCGACUACACUGUGAGCAACAUCUCUGGAUCCGCGAUUCAGAUGAAUGUUCCUACUGUCCAGGUGGCACAUCUGGAGAACCUCGGUACCACGCUCGAGGUCGCCGUGAACGGUACGACCAUCUACGACAACAAAACCUACAGCUUGGCUCAAUUCCACUUCCACACCCCCUCCGAGCACCGUUUCGCAGAGGAGUAUAUGCCCCUCGAAAUGCACAUGGUUCACCAAGCUGAAGACGGAUCCCUCCUCGUCGUUGGCCCCUCUUUCCAGCUCGACGAGGAAGGCGGAGACAAAUUCUUGGAUGCCGUUGUGCAUGAUAUCUCGGCUGUCCAGCACAAAGGUAACGAAACCGAGACCGAGGAACUCGAUUUCUCAGAGAUCAUCGAGUUGGUGACUGGCUCCGAGGCGCAGAACUUCGUCUAUUCCGGAUCCCUCACGACCCCUCCUUGCGCUGAGGGCGUCACCUUCAUCAUCCCCCACAAGCAACUCUCCCUCUCUAUCAAGCAAUACAACGCCAUGAAGUCCAUCAUUAAGUUCAACUCGCGUUACACUCAGAACGCUCCCGGAGAGGCCAACUUGUUGCAGGUUGCAUCGGUUGAUGAGAGUGCGUCCGAGGAAAUUAACUUGACUAUUCCUAAGUCUUUUGCGGAGAGCAUUCCUAAGGGACAGUGUUUGGUCAAGGUCCUUGGUACUUGUGUUGUUGGUGCAUUUUAG